AUGAGAAUGUUCAUAACCUUCAUGCUGUUAGCGCAGAAAACAAGGAGAAAACGAGGAAGAGGACAAAUACGCAUGGACAAGAAGAAGAGAAAGACCAAGACGACGACAGUGACACCACUAAAAUCUUAUGUACCUGAAGAAUUGAUAACUUCAAUCCUUUUAAGUUUACCAGUGAAGUCUCUUCUUCGUUUUAAAUGUGUUUCUAAAUCAUGGUUUUCUCUUAUCUCUGACCCCAAUUUUGCUAAAUCACAUUUUCAACUUACAACACACACUCGUAAAAUUGAGUUCAUAUCAAAUGAUUUAGGCCAAACAACAUCUAUAGAUUUUGAAGAAGAACUUGACUUAGAGAAUGCUUCUGUUAAACGGUUCAGUUUUUUGCAUCCCCAAGCUGAUUCUCUUAUUCAAAUUAUAAGUUCGUGUAGAGGCUUUAUAUUUUUCCAAUAUUCUUCCAGUUUCUGCAUAUUUAAUCCAUGCACCGAAGUUCAUAAACAAAUACCUUUAGCUCCUGGUGAAUUUGAAACAAAUUUAGAGUUAUGUGAUUUAUAUUAUCUAUAUGGUUUCGGAUAUGAUCAGUUGAGAGAUGAUUACUUGGUGGUUUCAUUGUCCUGUAUUCUAGCCCAGGAAGAUGUUUCACGUUUGGAAUAUUUCUCAUUGAAAGAUAACAAGUGGAAGGAAAUUGAGGAUAUUUACUUCCUUUAUACGAUCGACAAGAUAGAGCCCAGAGUGGGCUCGCUCUUUAACGAUGCUAUUCAUUGGGUGGCUGUGCAUUCAGAUUCAUUGAUGAAAGUUAUUAUUGCAUUUGAUUUAACCGAAAGGAAAGUUUUUGAUAUGCCAUAUCCAAAUGGUGUAGGCCAUAAGUGUGAUCAUUAUGAGUUGUGGGUAUAUCAAGAAUUUCUUAGUUUAUGGGCUAUGGAUUGUGAAACUAGUAUAAUUGAAAUAUGGUUGAUGAAAGAAUACAAUGUGAAUUCGUCUUGGAUUAAGGCUAUUGUAUUCCCUGUGCAAAUCCUAUCUCCUCAUCAAUUUUCUCCGAUAUGCUCUACAAAAAAUGGUGAUAUCAUCGUAACAGAUGGGACUAGAUUGUUGAGGUAUACCGACAAAGGAGAGCUUAUCGAGGGUUCCUCAUACAGAUGCUUUCCAGAUAGUGCAGUUUCACGUGGAUCCCCAUCGAUAGUGUAUACAGAAUCUCUGCUUUCACUCCCUGGUGAUGACACGCAAGCUUAA